AUGGUGGUAGACGAUAAAUUUAUUGGCCUUAGUUUGGCAGUGCUUUCCUCGGUAGCCAUUGGCUCGAGCUAUGUCGUCACUAAAAAGGGCCUUAUGUUUGCGGCUGAAAAGUACGGCUUCACGGGAGAUGGCUUUGAAUACAUACGGAGUCCGGUAUGGUGGUGUGGGACAACCAUAUUGGUAUCGGGGGAGUUGAUGAACACCGCGGCAUACGCCUUUGCUCCAGCAGUGCUGGUUACGCCGCUUGGAGCGCUGAGCGUACUCAUCGGUGCCUUGAUGGGCGCAUAUUUCCUCAAAGAAGAUAUCAAGGUCCUUGGAAAACUUGGAUGUGCCACCUGCCUUCUGGGGUCGGUUUUGCUGGUGCUGCAUGCUCCGGGCGACAAGGACAUCCAGACGAUUGAUGAAAUCCUACACUUAGCGAUUCAACCAUUUUUCCUGCUCUACUGCAUUUUCGUUACAGUGUUUGCCAGCUAUAUGAUCUACAAAGUCGCGCCGGUACAGGGCCGGACGAACCCGUUGGUCUAUAUCUCGAUUUGUUCGACGGUUGGAUCAGUAUCUGUCAUGUCAGUCAAGGCGUUUGGGAUUGCGGUCAAACUCACCGCGGGCGGAGAGAACCAGUUUACCCAUGCGUCGACCUACGUUUUCGCGUUGGUAUUGGUGGUCACCACCUUGACUCAGAUGAACUAUUUGAAUAAGGCGAUGAGCGAAUUUCCCGCCUCGCUGGUGAAUGCGAUGUACUACGUUGGGUUUACAACAUGCACCCUCUCCGCCUCAAUAAUCUUCUACCAAGGAUUGAACACCAGUAACUGGACUGAUAUAAUCUCGAUGAUGUGCGGAUUCCUGCUCAACUUUGCGGGUAUCUCCCUCUUGACACUCUCCAAAACGGCAUCCUCUGUAUCAUCUAAAGAGGGUGGAAUGGGGUCAGUGCGGGAGAUGAGUAUGCGCUCGCUGGACCUUUCUCAGGGGCGGUAUGACCAUGUGCGAACAAGUAGCAUUGAACUUGAGCAUGCUCGCGUCCGACCAUCCUCUGGACCAGAAGAGGAAGAAUCAUAA